GUCUCUUCUCACAUGCUGGCGGACCUUUAUGGUCUUUCUCAAACGGGGUUAGUGACGCCCACUGAGCCUCUGCAGAGAAGAGACAUUUUUAAAGGAUUAUUUCCGGUAUUUUAAAAAGAUCCCAACGCCCAAGAAGAUACUAAAAUUGGCCGACGAAGAUAAAAAUAACUACGACAUGUAGGUACAACUUUGGGAUACAAGUUCCUUCAAUUCCACCCGUGGAGGACAAGAUGAUCUGACGGUGAUUGAACGUCCUGUUUGAGUCGACAGCUGAGAAGACAUGAUGCUGUCUGCACAGGGAACUGGUGCAUUGGCUCUUUUCCACAGUGUCGUACUGGUGACUGCACUGAUAGACUCUGACGAUGUCAUCACGCGAGAUGAGCAGAUCUACGUUCUGAUUGGUGCUCACGCAAAGUGUGAGAGGAGCAUCAAGGCGCAUAUGUCCUUGGUUAAAGAAGGUGACUGCGUCCCCGAGUGGGACGGGAUCAUCUGCUGGCCGCGGAGCCGAGCGGGUCAGCUGGUGUCAGUUCUGUGUCCACAGUACAUCUACGACUUCAACCACAGAGGCCAAGCCUAUCGGCAGUGUGACGCCGCGGGGAGCUGGGAGCAGGUGCCCAGUAUCAACCGCACUUGGGCCAACUACAGCGAGUGCACCGCGUACCUGACCUCCAACCACCGGAGCCAGGAGGAGAAGGUGUUUGAGAGACUCCACCUCAUGUACACCGUCGGCUACUCCAUUUCUCUCGCGUCCCUUUCGGUGGCCGUCUCCAUCCUCGGCUACUUCAAGCGCCUUCACUGCACGCGUAAUUACAUCCACAUUCACCUCUUCGCCUCCUUCAUCUGCCGAGCAGUCAGCAUCUUUGUGAAGGACGCCGUGCUCCACUCCAUGUCUGAAGACAGGGACGACGAGACUGGUUUCGCCGCACAGAAGUCCCACACGGCCGGCUGUAAAGUCGCUGUGACUCUCUUCCUCUAUUUCCUGGCGACCAAUCACUACUGGAUCCUGGUGGAGGGGUUGUACCUACACAGCCUCAUCUUCAUGGCCUUCCUCUCUGACAAGAGCUACCUGUGGGCCCUGACCAUCAUCGGUUGGGGUGCUCCGUCUGUGUUCGUGUCCAUCUGGGUCAGUGCUCGAGCGUCGCUGGCAGACACACAAUGUUGGGACAUCAGUGCAGGAAACCUGAAGUGGAUCUAUCAAGUUCCAAUCCUGGCAGCCAUUGUUGUGAAUUUCCUCCUCUUCCUCAACAUAAUACGUGUUCUGGCCUCCAAACUGUGGGAAACUAACACUGGUAAAUUGGAUCCUCGGAAGCAAUACCGGAAGCUGCUCAAGUCCACACUGGUCCUCAUGCCCUUGUUUGGGGUCCACUACAUGGUGUUCAUGGCUCUGCCCUACACGGAGGUCACCGGGCUGCUGUGGCAGGUGCAGAUGCAUUAUGAGAUGUUCUUCAAUUCCUCCCAGGGUUUUUUUGUGGCAUUUAUCUACUGUUUCUGCAACGGAGAGGUGCAGGCAGAGGUGAAGAAGGCGUGGCUGAGACGCAGCCUCACGCUGGACAUCCGACAGAAGGCCAGGAUGACCAGCAGCGCGGGCAGCUGUUACUACGGCAUGAUGUCCCACACCGCCACCCACAGCGUCAGCCUGUCCGCCGCCAAUCCCAGGGCCCUUUCCCUCGCCGGGGCCGCAGCCCGAGCGCCAGGGGUCAGGCCGCCGCGCCACAGCCCUCUCAACCCGCAAUUCGGCCUGCCCGGGUAUGUGCCCGGCGGGGCUGAGGCCUCCGGCCCCAAACAGGAGCCAGGUGACGGAGAACCAGCGGCGACGGAGUCUGGGGUUGUUGCCAGGCGUGCCGGAGCCGGUGGAGGAAACCCCGAUGCCAAAAGUCACGGAGCUCCGCCAGCUCCAACCGCUGGAGAGGAAGUUCAAGGAAGCGGCCUUUCCCUGAAGGAGCUGGAGACCGCCUUGUGAUCGUUUUGUAUACGCAUAAAUGGCGCGGUGGCCUGGGAUGAACUGCUCAUCUUCACCCAGGCUCUAUUUGGAUUUCAGUCAGGGGAGACUUCACAUGCCCGCCCGGAUCAGAACUGUGACUAUUAUUCAGCGAUUAGACUUCGCCGUCCCGACAGAUUUACGAGGGGGGGAAGGAGCCAGAAAAAAAUGUGCUAAAACCGGCCCGUCAGCGGGAUUGAAAUGAAUGGACACAAACAAAGAAGAGACUAGAUUUAAUAUUUGUGGCAAGAUCUUGUUGUUUUGUCAACAUGUUACUGAUGGAUUUCUUGUAGAUCUAUUUAAAUGUGCAUAAUAUAAACAUACAUGUUUAUGUGCUUUCAUUUAAUGUGUAACUCCUGUGAACAGCUGGAUAAUCUGUGGGUUUGAUCCUUUCCAGCAGUCAGACAGCCUGUCUAGACAGGCGAGGUCUUUCAACACCUUUCUUGUUGUCCAUCUUGCAUGACGUCGCCCCCGGAGGCCGAACCCCCAACCCCUUCCUCCGUUUAACCUCUGACCCCCCCGAAAGCCGUCGCAACACCGUCCGGAAUUUCACACGCCGCCCUCAGGCUUCUUCUCCGAGCCGGAGGCACCUCCGCCGCUUGUAGACCUCGUGUGUGAGUGACAAACCCGCAGCGCAAAACACCGGUAUUUACAACAUGAACAGGCCCGUAAAUAUCUGUUCAGGUGUCUUGAAUUAGGGAGGCAUGCAAAGUGAAAGAUGUGUUAAUGUUUUGCAUGUAGGCCUCGUUUGCUCUAAUAAAGGGAAUUCAAUCAAA